GAAAGUUUACUUUUCCCUUCGUUCCGCUAAACGAAAAGAAAGUCCGUGAGUUUUUUGCUAAGUACUUUAAAGUGGCGACGAGCUAAAACGGUUAGCUACGCGUGUGUUUGAAUAAGUGCAUAAAGUGGCAUUUAGUGGUAGCUGAAAUUUCGCUACACAGUGUUUUGUACAGGGCGAUAAUUUGGUGCCGUUCGGUAGCGUUUUUGAACGCCGAAUUUGGGCAGAAUCUAGAGCAAAUUAUCAACUUUAAAUCAGCGCAAGUUUUGCCAGUCGGUUGCAAAGCAACGCUCUCAGCAUCGGCAACAUAGUUGCAUGCUACGGUAUAGAGUACACUAACGCAAUCUGGGCUUUUCUUUCGCCGAUUGCCGGUUCGUUGUGUUUACCUUUUUCAAGGUAUAAAAAGUUGGCGAUUGACCGGGUUUUUCGCGCUAGAGGCGGGCGAAAUACGGAAUUACGAUUUCGGACGGAGCGUUCAAAGGAUCCUGGAGACGGGCUUUGUUGUACCAGCUACACAAAGGCGGCCGUGGCCAUUUCGUGUACGACAAGAUUCCGGACAAAGGCUGUGACCAUUUCGAUCCCGGACAAAGGCGCUAUUCUGUGGAGCACACAAAGGCGGAAGUGCCUUUUCAAAUCCGGUGGAACGGACAAUAGCGAGGAGCUUCACGGUUUUGUUUAACAACUGAUUAGACAAGUCGCUUUGAUCUGGUGCAGGUAUGGCGUUAAUGGGGACAAUAGACCCAUACGUCUUUGGCACGUCUUUUUCGAAUUAUGUAGAGCGACUAGAGUAUUUCUUUUCGUGUAAUGACAUACCGCAAGAUAAAAAGAAAGAUAUUUUUAUGAGUUUCUCGGGAAUGCAUGUUUUUGAGGAACUCAAAUUACUUUAUCCUGGUAUAGAGCUGAGAACUCUUACCUAUGAGGCAAUUACAAAAAAACUAAAAGAGCGUUUUGAUAAAAUCGAAUCAGACACGAUUUUGAGGCAUAAGUUUAGGUCUAGGAAACAAGGUGCAACAGAAACUGGUGAAAAUUUUAUACUUGCCGUAAAGCUUCUCGCAGAGCAAUGCGAUUUUGGAGAGUUUCGCGAUUCCGCUAUUAAGGACCAAUUGAUAUACGGGAUUUACGAUAAGAAAUUGCAAAAAAACAUUCUUGAAAUUGAUAAUUUGACGUUGAGAAUUGUGGAACAGAAGAUUAAGAAUAAAGAAAUUAUAAUGUCAAGUACAAGUGCUUUAAAUUCGGAUUAUAAUACUGGUGUUAACGCUGUUCGGAAUCGUUUAGGAAAUCGUGAAUCGGAUUAUAGGCCGCGGAAUUCAGUUGAUAGAGGUCGUGACAGAUUUAGAGGUAGAGAUAGGAUGAACAAUAGCUAUCAUAGAGGUAAUGAUAGAAGGCGCUCACGUUCGGGGCGCAGGAAUUCCAGUCGUGGAAGAUAUGCCAACUUUAUUUGCAAUUUUUGUAAUCGGAAGGGUCACAUCCAGAAAAAUUGCUACCGUUACAAAAAUCAGAGGAAGAAUUCCGUAAAGUUCAUCGCAGAGACGCCUAGUUCUGACAAUGUGUACGACUAUUUUAAAAAACUGAGGGUCGACUAUGACAGCGAUGAUUCUCCAGAUCUCGAUCGGAUCAGCCUUGAUCUCGGCCCACAGGGGGCAGAUUAAGCUCGGUGAAACUGAACGCAGGCGCAAUACGGCGCUUCAGUUGGACCGGUUUACACCUACGCUAUGCCGGGGUUCAAAAAGGCGGCAUGAAGGCUCCGAUGACGACGAACCAUUCCGGGGAUUUUCGCCGAACUUGGAACUACCUGUACCAACUAGAAACGAAGUACACCCGAAUGUUUUACGAUCAAAGGAUUCAAGAGUUCAACACGACUCUUCUCGAAGCAACAGUGAUAAAGAUCUGCGUAGAUCUAGCCGAGCUAGAAAAAAGAAGUUCGAUGGAAGCUAUGUUUAUUAUAAAUGAAAUGUUCAAUAUUCGAUUGAAUUCUAAUGUUAUAAUUUCAAUAAUUUCGAAUUUAUUAUGUUGUAAAUAGUUGUAAAAAUAUUAAGCAUAAGUUCGAUCCUAAGGGUGAAGGCAUUGUAAUAUAUAUACAGUUUGGUUAAUAAUCAAGUAGAGUGUAGAAGUUGAUCUCUAGUCUAGUGGGCAUAGAUGUCCGAACCCAUUGAUGAUCCAGCUGUCAUUUCGAUUGCUAUUGAUAUUGUUCGCUCUUCGGUAAGAAUUUAGCUGAA